UCUCCUUUCUCUUUCGCAGUGGCUGUGCAACACUCGGUCUAAUUGAGAAAUUGGUCGGGUUUGAAAAAACUCAUCCACACAGCCAUCAGACCUAAAUCACACCUCAAUCCUUGAGAAACAUGCCUCCUAAGUUCGAUCCUAACGAGAUCAAAAUCAUCUACCUCAGAGCAACCGGUGGAGAAGUUGGUGCCACGUCUGCUCUUGCACCUAAGAUCGGUCCUCUUGGCCUGUCCCCCAAGAAAGUUGGAGAUGACAUCGCCAAGGCAACACAGGACUGGAAGGGGUUACGUAUCACUGUCCAGUUGACGAUCCAGAACAGACAGGCUAAGGUUUCAGUUGUGCCAAGUGCAUCCUCACUGAUCAUCAGAGCUCUGAAAGAACCACAAAGGGAUCGCAAGAAGGUCAAAAACAUCAAACACAAUGGUAAUUUGACCUUGGAUCAAAUUAUUGAGAUUGCCAAAACCAUGAGGCCAAGAUCAAUGGCUCGUCAACUGUCAGGCACUGUCAAGGAGAUCCUUGGAACAUGUCAGUCAGUUGGCUGCACAGUAGAUGGCCAGCCUCCUCAUGACAUCAUUGAUAAGAUCAAUGACAAUGAAAUUGAGAUACCGGAGGAAUAAACCUUGGUCCUCAAUGAAGAAAAUAUAGAAAUAAAAUAUUCAAACCAUCAACUCUUUUGUCAUGUUACAUUGCAGGGUGUCAAGUUCCUAUUUUCUCCUAUUUUUUCGUGAAAUUCCUAAUUUUUUAGGGUUUUACUAGGUUUACAGAAACAUUUUGAAAUAAAAUUGCAAAUAAAAUUGAUAAAUUCUACAAAAAACUAAAACUUCAUGUCAAGAAAGACCAGUUUGAAGCCUUUAUGAGUGAUUUUCUUCUGAAACUAGUGCACAGGCUUUUGAUAACAUGCAAGGGAUUCUGGGAGGUUUAUUUACAUGUAUGUGCAUUUGCCAUGUUGAAGUUGGGCUGCAAUGCAUUAUGGAUGUAUGUCAUGGUGCCUGUUAAAUAUUAAAGAGUUGGGUUGUG